CCGUCGUCUGCUUUUGUCAAACUCGAAUAGUGUUGACAAAUAAUAUCAAUAACGUUUGAGUAUCGUCUCCUUCUUAUAGUUAUGAUAUAUUUUCAUUGUAGAAAUUUAAAAUGAAUGCAAAAAAAACACCUAAAAGCAUUUCUAGUUUGAAUUUUCGCCCACAAGUUGAGUCAAAAAUGAGUGACAAAAAGGGAACAAAACCUCUGCCUGAUCCUGCAUCGAUUCAACAAGUAUUGUGGCUAAUGGUCGUACAUCUGUGUCGGAAGGUCUUGUUUGUUGAUCCAAAUAUAAAAGUUGGGAUUUACAUUAUGUUAGUUUUCUUUGGAAGUAUUCUGGGUGAUGUCCUUCCUAUACCAAACUCCUAUUUUUCACGAAAAGACAACAUGUUUAAUGUUUACUUUGUUAAACUAAGUUGGGGUUGGACAAUGGCCUGCGUUGGUUCAUUUGUCUAUCUUACUAGCUCUGUGUACUCCUGUGGUGACCAAACCAGAAUACGGAAGCACAUGUUAAGGCUACUCUUUGCAACUUUUAUGUGGCUCUUUUGGACCAACUUAUUCGUGAACAUUGAAGAAAGUUAUGGCUAUUGCAGCAAAGCAAUUAUUCGAUCAAACAAAAAGCAAUGUCUCACUAAAGGACUGACAUGGAAUAGUUUCUCCUUAUCUGGACAUACAUUCAUUUUAAUUUACUGCACCUUGAUUAUUAUGGAAGAAGCCAAAGCACUUAUCAGUUGGGAAGCCAUUAAAGACCAUUUGAGAAAUGAAGAUCACAAUAGAAGUAAUGAGGAAAAUGUAUCAGCUACACCAUUGGAUUCCCUAAGUGCUGAACAGCUAUUAUAUGUUCGAGAGAAAUAUGAAAAAUUCACUCCGUACAUUCGGAUAUCCUUUGUCUUAAUGACUAUGUUAGCUGUAAUUUGGGACGUCAUGCUCAUGGCCACUAUCAUCUACUUCCAUUCAACUCCGGAAAAAUUUGUAGCUGGUGUAAUUGCAGUUCUUUUAUGGUUCUUCAGUUAUCGAUUCCUUUUCAACCGCAAGUUACUAGGAGUGCCUCUUCCGGGAGAGGGCACAUUUCGCUAUAUGAAUCCUUUCCAACCUCUUCAAACGAUGCAUUUACGGCGCGCUUCGUUGAUUUCUAAAAAUGAAAAAACUCCUACUUUUAUGGGAAUGCCACUUAGCCCACAAAAGGGCGCCGAUGCACCAAUUGAAAUGGGGACCGACUUGAGAGUAGAAUCCAGUUAUGCCCGUGGAACCCCAUCGGUCAUUGUUGGCGCUUCUCACUCGACUAUAGACACUGACGAAGUGUAUACAGGACUUCGGGCCCAAGACUUACAAGAAGCGAAAGAUCAACUGGUAGUUGAAACUGCUGAUAUGCUUCACAUUCCACUUUUCACAGCCGAAGCCUUGUUAAGAGACAACGAAUGGUCUCGGGAACUGCUACUUGAAAAGUGGAUGAUUGAUCCAGUCCUCUGUUGCGAAUCCAUGGGACUUCAGACCCCCCUAUCAGCUCUUCGCUUCCGUAAUUCGUUGCCGUGUGAAGCUGUUAACAUUCUUGAGGCUAGCUUAGAAUAUCUCGAGGCACCUCCCACUUCACCCUGCAGAUCAAGAAUUUCCGACCAAAUAGAAGAUUUCCGGGAUGAAUGUUGUGACAUUUGUUUAGAAGUAAUAGAGCAGGGUUCAUCUCGUGUUUAUAUUUCUUGUGAUCAUUCGUUCUGUCGCCGAUGUUGGUCGAGUUACCUUACUUUGAAGAUCAUCGAAGGUGACGCGAAUCAUGUUACUUGCCCCGCACUUGGCUGCUCGAUGCUAGUUCCCGUCGAAUUAAUUGAAAGUCUAGUGUCAAAAGAGACAGCUAAGAAAUAUUUACAUUUCGAUCUGAAUUCGUUCGUUGCAACUAAUCCGACCAUCAAAUGGUGUCCUGGCACUGGUUGUGGUUUUGCUGUUCGUUUACCUGAAUCUGAGCAGGGCCAGCCGAACGUCAUGAACAUAUUCUCGCCAAAAGCACCUCCUCGUACAUCUCAUGCUGUUGAUUGUGGAAACGGACAUUUCUUUUGUUGGGAAUGUCUCAGUGAGGCUCACGCUCCAAGUGGUUGUGAACAAUGGGUUCAGUGGCUGCAAAAAGUAGCUGAAGUUCGACCGGAAGAACUCAAGUCUACAUGUACUGAAAGUGAAGAUGCAGCCAACUGCUAUUGGCUCGUAACAAAUUGCAAAGCUUGUCCGAGUUGCAAGAGUCCCAUCCAAAAGAACGAAGGGUGCAAUCACAUGAAAUGCUCAAAAUGCAAAUUUGAUUUCUGUUGGGUGUGUCUCGAUUCUUGGAAAAAGCACAGUUCAGCAACGGGUGGCUAUUUUCGCUGCAAUCGCUAUGAAGCAAUGCACAAAGCGGAUGAAAAACAAGGUUCUAUGAUAAGCGAAGCUGGGCAGCGCAACAAACAAUUACAAGAAUUGAAUCGGUUCAUUCAUUAUUACACUCGCUUUAAGAAUCAUGAAAAUUCACGUUUGCUAGAAGAGCCAUUGCUGACUUCCGCUCGUAGAAAAAUGGAGUUACUGGCUGCAUCUUUGCCUGCAGCUCGUAGCCCUGUGCUUGGACACUCUGACUCAAAAGAUGUGACCGCACACCGAUCUUCAACGAGCAGUGUCCCAGCUUGCACUCGAUUUAUUGAAGAGGGUAUCCGGGAAUUGCUGAAAGCAAGAAGAAUAUUAUGUGGCUCAUACGUUUAUGGAUAUUAUCUGGAAGAUAACGGCUACAACAAAACUAUAUUCGAAUUCAUGCAGAAUGAACUGGAAUCGUUUACUGAAAAACUGUCUGAGAUGGUUGCACGUCCUUACUUGCGCACACCCCGUUCGACGAUCGUCGAUAUGACACUGAAAGUACGAAGAAAGCGCCAUGAAUUCAUACGCGCUGUCUCAAAAGGUCUAAUACCACCCGAGACACCACCUGCUUUGCGGCGAGUGCGACGACGGAGAUUUCCUGGUCUCAUGGGCAUGGAUCCAAUCGAAGAUGAUCAAAUCACUGAAGCGAUAGCUAUAUCGCUGCGUCAGCUAGAUCCCAACAAUCCCUGGGUAAAGGAUAGCCAGGGGCGACACACAAACUUGAGUGCUAUAUACGAUUGGCCUGAUGCGAAUUCGGAUGAAGAAGAUUCGGAUGUAAAUCAAGUGAGAAACGAAGCUUUGACCGUGAGUUUACUGGGUGUUUGCGAUCGCGAAGGAUGCGGGCGACCUCGAGCGCGAAAUCCACGAAACGGAAAGAUCCAUCCUUUUUGUAGUCUUCGCUGCAGCCGCAGCGAAUCUCUUGAUCAACCUUCUGUGGCCCCUACUGAUUUUGCCAUGGAUUUAGUCAUUGCUUUGGAGAUGUCUCGUCUUCAGUUGAUUGAAGACGAAGUUCGCAAGCAGAACCAUGACCAGACAGCAACUAGCAACACUGAGUUUCAAUCGCCCUCAGUGGAUGGCUAUUCAGAAGAUGCACAACUACGUUUGGCAAUUUUCUUGUCCUUAGAAGAGUCGGGAAGACUUGCCACGGAAUCCGGUGUGGCCGCCGCUAGUCAAACGGCCGAGUCUUCGGUUGAUAACUUUUUGAAAAACCUGGCACAAAAACAGGAAUUGCCUCUCAAGAAUUAUCGUCUUAAUCAGCUAGAUCCUAAUAGCAGAGAUUCCAAGACUUUAAAGUCCCUUUUUACUCCAACUGAGAAGCACGGAGAGAGUGAAGGCCGUUUUGAAAUUUCGGAACUCCAUCAAAAUGCCGGGUUUUUUUCCUCGUCUCUUGGUGAAGACCAACAGCUGGAUACAGUCUCGGAUGGCGCCGUUUCCUCACUUCCUUUUCCCAAAAGGUCUCACUCUGCUUGUGACAUCAGAACCGGUGUACACAUACGCUGCCCGUCUUUGGAGCUCGAGUCCCACGACUGCAUUCACGAACUAGUGGAAGGUAUUUCACAAGGCCCCCCGACUCGAACGCUUCUUCGCCUGCAAAGCCUUGGAACUGAUUACGGUAGCGACGAGUUUGGGACUUGUACAUCUUCGGAGGAAAAUGGGCAAGCAAAAGAGGAGGAAAUACAAAUUCCAAUAAGGAAACUGAGCAAACCAAAGCUUGUUCGCCAGGCGAACGUUUCUGGAAAAGCAGAAUUGUCCUGCUGCUCCCAUUCAGCGCAUCCGCCAUUCAAGCAUUUGCCCCUAGUAGAAUCUGAAUCUUUUAAUUCCGAAAACACGCUUCCGACACCAGCAGAUGAAGACCAAUCUUAUGACCAGGGAAUACCACGUUCGCCUACUUUAUACUGUACCACUACAUACAUCAGCGGUGUGGCUAUAUCGCGAACACCUGAACCUGGCGCCCAAUCGAAUGAAUCUUUCGAUGGAUUGGUGAAAUCAGGAAGAGGAAAUCGUUCAUCAAGUUUAACGACAGCCGCUCUUCGAGGCAUUCUCCAAAUUCAUCCGCUAGGCCGAGGCUUGUCAAAAUCCGCUGGCCGUUUGAAUAUAAACAAUUACGUCGUCAAAGACGGCAAUAGCCGCAAAAAGAAACGCAAGCAUAUUCGACGAUUGACCAUGCCCGCUAUGCUUUGUUCAGAUAAUUGUGAAGGGUCCCUUUCUCCUUUCCCCUCGCCAUCACCACGUAUCAUUUCGCGGUCGGCGUGUGAGCCGCAGCGGGACAAAGAGGUAUUUUAUUUCCCGAAAUCACCCACUGAAAGCCAGUUGAGCACCGUGUUGUUGGUGAGGGAUUUUAAUAAGCGAGAUGCUUUUCACGAGGCGUUGUUUCUUCCUCGUGAACAAAAGCGUAAACGUUCAAAAAAGAUUUUAGCAACUUCUACUGCUACGUCGGUACCAACCGAACUCUCCAAGCACGACACCUCAUGCGAGGUGAACUCGGAUAGACGCGAAGAAAAACAAAGUGGCUCACAAGAAUCGUCUGUUUUAUGAAGCAGUUGUUCUACACCUCAUAUGCUCGUUUAUACUUUUUCACAAUUCUAUAUUUGUCAAAAAGCACAAAAAGCUUAAUCGACCCCAAACCAUAUGUCUUAAUGGAGUUUGACCAAUCAAAUGUUUGAUGUCACAAAUUUAUAUAUUAUUAUCGUUUAAAAGUAACAUUUUUUAACGCCUACGUCAGUUAUUAAUGCUAGUCUAGCCCAAAAAAAUCUAUCAUUUCAAGCUAAAUCUCUUGAGUUUUGUGUUGCUGGUUACCAGUCAGCUAUAUUGGUGGGUGUGUUGUUAUGUGAGGCUGCUUGGAGUCCAUCUGUUUGAUUGUAUUUUUUUUUUCUCUUCAUGUCAAUGGGAUUUAAUUCUAUGCCUAUAUAUGUAGCCACAUUUCUCAUAUCAUAUACCUCCUCAAGGUCUUCUAAGGUAUCUCUCAGCUCAUGGACCAACAGUGAAUUUCUGAUUCAAAAAUUAAUUUCUUCUUCCCUCUUUGUAUUUCUCUACAGUAUAUACCAUUACACUUCUGAAUCUUA